AUUUGGUGGUUGUGUACGUGGAAGCGUCUUGCGCAUGCGCAGGCGGGAGCUUUCCCCCUCAGCUGUGCGGGACGAGCCGAGGCUAACAUCCCGGGGUCCGGGGGAGCCUGUCGGGGUCAUGGCCGCUCGCUGACAGGGCCCUGUGAGGGGCGAAGGGGCCGAGGCUGCCCCGCUGCACCCGUCCCGGGCCCUGAGACCUGCGGGCCCGGCGCGCGGCUUUCCCGCUUAUUACUGCCGCCGCCGCCGCCGCCGUUGGCCGGGGAGCGCGAUGAGUUGGUUCAACGCCUCCCAGCUCUCCAGCUUCGCCAAGCAGGCCCUGUCCCAGGCCCAGAAGUCCAUCGACAGGGUCCUGGACAUCCAAGAGGAGGAGCCGGGCGCCUGGGCCGAGACCAUUCCGUACGGAGAGCCCGGAAUAAGUCCUGUCAGCGGAGGAUGGGACAGUUCAAAUUGGGGGCUGAAAUCCAACGCUGAACCUCAGAGUCCACCAGCAGCCUCCCCUAAAGCCAUCACCAAGCCGGUUCGGAGGACUGUGGUCGAUGAAUCAGAGAACUUCUUCAGCGCCUUCCUCUCUCCAGCAGACGUGCAGCCCGCUCAGAAGAGUGCAGUGGUAUCAAAGCCUCCCACCAAGUCACAGCGACCAGAAGAGGAGGUGCAGAGCACCUUGCCUGAAUCCUUGCACGCUGGACAGUCAAGAGCUACGGACCCAACCGACGCAAAAGUGAAAGACUCUUCUUGUGCGUCAGGGGAGGCUCAGACCGCAGACGUUCCAGCUCCGGAACCUGAAGACCAGCAGGAAGAAACUGCUAAGGAAUCUGAUAGCAAGGCCCCAACUGUGCAUUUAAAAGUAUCUGAAGCCGUCGUUAAUGUGAAAACACCUGCAGGAAGUGUACCUCAUCUGUCCACACAGUCUCUCGCCGUGGAAACGAAGGAGCAAAAACACGAAGACAGACAGAGCAAUACACCAUCUCCUCCCAUUAGCACUUUCUCCUCAGGCACUUCUACCACCAGCGAUAUUGAAGUUUUAGAUCAUGAAAGUGUAAUAAGUGAGAGUUCGGCAAGUUCGAGACAAGAGGCCACAGAUUCAAAAUCAAGUCUUCACCUCAUGCACACAUCUUUUCAGCUUCUCUCUGCGUCUGCUUGCCCUGAGUAUAACCGUUUGGACGAGUUCCAGAAGCUUACUGAGAGUUGCUGCUCAUCUGACGCUUUCGAAAGAAUAGACUCAUUUAGUGUACAGUCCUUAGAUAGCCGGAGUGUGAGCGAGAUCAACUCAGAUGAUGAGUUACCAGGCAAGGGGUAUGCCUCAGUGCCGAUCGUCGUUAGUCCGUCAACUCCAAAGCCUAAAAAAACUGAGUCUGUGGAAGGCAAAUCUCAAGAUGAAGUAAAUGAAGCAUUAAUUAUACCCACGGAGGAAGCAGAAAUGGAAGAAAGUGGGCGAAGCGCAACGCCUGUUAACUGCGAUCAGCCGGACAUCUUGGUUUCUCCUGCACCAAUAAAUGAGGAGCAGAGUGAAGCUGCUGAGAGUCAGCCGGAAUCACUUCCUGAGAAGGAAGAUAUUAGCAAGACAGUUGAAUUUCUGAAUGAGAAACUGGAAAAAAGAGAGGCUCAGUUAUUAACACUUAGUAAAGAAAAAGCACUUUUAGAAGAAGCUUAUGAUAACCUGAAAGAUGAAGUGUUUCGAGUGAAAGAAGAAAGUAGUAGUAUUUCUUCGUUGAAAGAUGAAUUCACUCAAAGAAUUGCAGAAGCAGAGAAGAAAGUUCAGCUAGCAUGCAAAGAGAGAGAUGCUGCUAAAAAGGAAGUCAAAAAUAUAAAAGAGGAACUUGCCACAAGAUUAAACAGUAGUCAGACUGCCGACCUUUUGAAAGAAAAAGACGAGCAGAUUCGAGGGUUGAUGGAAGAAGGAGAAAAACUUUCAAAACAGCAACUACAUAAUUCUAACAUCAUUAAGAAAUUAAGAGCUAAAGACAAAGAAAGUGAAAAUACUAUUACAAGGCUGAACAAAAAAGUUAAAGAGCUAGAAGAGGAGUUGCAGCAUUUAAAACAGGUCCUAGAUGGCAAAGAGGAAGUUGAGAAGCAACAUAGAGAAAAUAUUAAAAAACUCAAUACUGUGGUAGAACGCCAGGAGAAGGAUCUUGGCCGACUUCAGGUAGACAAGGAAGAACUUGAAGAAAAGAACCGAAGUAUUCAGGCCGCCCUGGAUAGUGCAUACAAAGAACUUACUGAUCUUCACAAAGCGAAUGCUGCAAAGGAUAGUGAGGCACAAGAGGCUGCUCUGAGUCGGGAAAUGAAAGCCAAAGAAGAACUGUCCUCAGCCCUGGAGAAGGUGCAGGAAGAGGCCCGUCAGCAGCAGGAGACAUUGGCUGUUCAAGUGGGGGACCUUAGGCUGGCAUUGCAACGUGCAGAACAAGCUGCUGCCAGGAAAGAGGAUUAUUUACGCCACGAGAUCGGUGAACUCCAGCAGAGACUUCAAGAAGCAGAGAAUCGAAACCAGGAACUGAGUCAAAGUGUUUCAUCAGCAUCCAGACCAUUGCUUCGGCAGAUAGAAAAUUUGCAAGCGACUCUAGGAUCCCAGACAUCAUCGUGGGAGAAACUGGAGAAGAAUCUUUCUGAUAGGCUUGGUGAAUCGCAGACCUUGUUGGCAGCAGCAGUUGAAAGAGAGCGAGCAGCUACAGAAGAACUGCUUGCCAACAAAAUUCAGAUGUCUUCCAUGGAGUCACAGAAUUCUCUGUUAAGACAGGAAAACAGUAGAUUUCAGGCCCAGCUAGAUUCAGAGAAAAAUAAGCUAAGAAAAUUAGAAGAUCAAAAUAAUCGAUAUCAAGUCGAAUUAGAAAACCUGAAAGAUGAAUAUGUAAGAACACUUGAAGAGACAAAGAAAGAAAAGACACUACUGAAUAGUCAAUUAGAAAUGGAAAAAAUGAAAGUGGAACAAGAAAGGAAGAAAGCCAUUUUCACUCAAGAAGUAAUAAAAGAAAAGGAACGCAAGCCUUUUUCUGUGUCUAGCACUCCAACUUUGUCACGGUCGAGUUCUAUAAGUGGAGUUGAUAUGGCCGGACUACAAACAUCUUUUCUUUCUCAGCAGGAUGAGUCUCAUGAUCACUCAUUUGGACCAAUGUCUGUGUCAGCAAAUGGAAGCAACCUGUAUGAAGCUGUGAGGAUGGGAGCAGGAUCAAGCAUUAUUGAAAAUCUACAAUCUCAGUUAAAGUUACGGGAAGGAGAAAUUACUCACUUACAGCUAGAAAUUGGCAGUCUAGAAAAAACUCGCUCAAUAAUGGCUGAAGAGCUGGUUAAAUUAACAAAUCAAACUGAUGAACUUGAAGAGAAAGUGAAGGAGAUACCAAAACUUCGAACUCAGCUAAGAGAUUUGGAUCAGAGAUACAAUACUAUCCUGCAGAUGUAUGGAGAAAAAGCAGAAGAGGCAGAAGAACUUCGAUUAGAUCUUGAAGAUGUAAAAAAUAUGUAUAAGACUCAAAUUGAUGAACUUUUACGACAGAGGCUUGCUUAACUUCUGAAAAUUGAGUUCUUAGUAAACUGAAUGUAAACAUUUAAUAUCUAACUGCAGACUUCAAUAAAUUCUUUUAUAGAAUUAGAAAA